CAUCAGCUCGCUGCUCGUUCCUCCACCACCUGCAGCUGAUGAUCCUCUAAUUGCGCGGGCCACCACACGUGUGGCUCACUCGACGGCCAGCAGCUCCGCCGGAAUCAUCUGCGCUCACGUCCGAAUUUCCUCCGAGCCUUCGCCAUGAAAGUGUAUCAGAGCUUUUCUCUUCUGCUCGCGCUAGCUGCAACUUUAUUGGAGAUUGCCUUGGCACAACACAGUCCAAGAAAUGUUCAACAGAGAAGUCGCCUUCAUUCCCCAGGAAGGAACAAGAAGGUGAAGCGACACAACUUGCAGAGACCAGUGAAACCUGUUUAUCAUUCACCACCGAUAAACGCAUUCUCCCUGAAAGACCUGCACAAGGACGAGGAGGAAGAAGUUUUCCCACCUGCACCCAUUCGCUCAUCCACUCACGGCACUCGCUUCUCCGGUUUCUCCAAACCUCUUCUCUCAGCGGACGGCUCGGACGAAGCAAAAUACUUCGCCUCGCUCAACAACCAGUUUUCAGCCCCUAAUUUCGGCUCGGAAUAUUUCAGCCCGAGCCCGAGCCUGUUCAAGCAGGGAAAACCAGCCUCCGUGUCGCGUCCACCAAAGAAGGGAUCGAGCUUUGGGCUUUACGGACCCGACUUCGGCAGCAUCACCGACCUCUACGACGACAAGGACGCCGUCAACGAUGGACUUGAAUCGUUUGCUGGAAGUUUCAAGAAACCUUACCAUACUUUCGAGAUCGCAGAAACGCCCAAGUUGCUCAAACCAACCUACGCGUCCGUCAAGCCGGCCAACAUUCAACACGUGGCCAGCAGUGGACACGGAUUCCCUAGCAACUUUUACUCUGGAGGAGAUGAUGAGAGCUACAAUCACAAAGAUGCGCACUACAACUUCGGCUACGAAGUCUCGAACCCUGGCAAGCACAGCUACGAUCCUCAGGUAUUCGGUCACGGCGAGCAGAGGGACGGCGACACUACCAAGGGCCGGUACCACGUGCUGCUACCUGACGGCCGGCACCAGAACGUCGCCUAUACCGCCGAUCACUCUGGCUACCACGCGCAGGUUUCUUACACCUCGCGGAACGGCCGGUGAAAAUAGGCUGCUUUUAUUGUGAAGAAAGAGUUUGAAAGACUGCAAUUCUUCAUCUCUAUUUAUUAGGUUAAGUUGUGGUCUCAACCUCCCUUGGAAUGCAUUUAAAUUUUCAUUUCCAAUGAAAUUGUUUGUUUAAUUUGUAGAGGCUAUUUUCAGCUGUUUAUUUGCUCAUGAGUUACAAUGUGUUUGGAAUUUUAGUGUAAAUAUUUAGAACUAGAAUAAACGUUUUGUAACUGAA